AUGGCAAAUCGUGCAGCAAACCAGCGCGUGCACCAGGUCAGGUGCGAUUUGUGCGAGCAUGGAGCUAAAGGACAGAAGACGGGCAUGCCGAUCAAGCGCCCCGCCAAGCUGCUGACCACCCGCCGCGAUUUCCAGCAGCUACGACGCGCCUGCGGCCGCUCCAGCGUCUACCCCGAUUGGUUCUGCAGAUCGGUGGUGCGGUUAGUCGAGCAGAUCAUGCGCUGGCAGUGUCGGCGUCGAGCUCGCGAGCCAGAGCCCAUGGGCGACGGAGAGGACUUCGCCGAGACUCACGACGUGAAGGCCGACGAGAUUGUGGAUGGCAGGAUCGGGGUCGGCGCGGUCAUUUCCACGAAGAAGGCAGCAGCAUGCUACAAGCAGGCAGAGCUGACGCUGCUUUGGAGACUACGCAUCAUCCAUCUGAUGGAGAUCUGGGUGGCAGCCGCCGAGGGGCUGGUCUGCGGCGUGUGCCGGUCGCAGCAUCGCCCUGGCGCAAAGGGGUCAGCGCGCCUCCAGUUCGUGCGAGAUUUCGGCGACGACGUCAGGUUCGCCUGUUUCGAACUCAAGUACGUCGAGGGCAAGAGCUACUGGUAUUGCAGCAUAGGCGACUCAGCUGCCACCAUCCAUGUGGCGAUGUUGAUCGCCAGCCGCGCCAGCCAGGAGCUCGCGUCCGCGUUCGAGAGGACGAUGGUGGACUCGUCGAUCACAGGCCAGGACGAGAUGCGCUCGCUGGGCAUCGUCGUGUCGGGCGCCAAGAACUCGUUCAGGAGGCGCGCCUGCUUCGGCCCGGCACAGUGGGUGUUGGGGCGCGAUCUCAGGAUGCCAGCCGACCUGGUGGGCGACGCAGCCGAUUGCAGCGCCCGCGGCCUCGCCGCCAGCGACGAGAACAUCUGCGGGCGGUGUGCCCUGCGCGCGGCGGCGCUGGAGUCGUUCAAGAGGAUGGAGAACGACGACCAGUUCAGAUGGGGCUUGCUGUCCCGCGCGCGGACUGUGGCCACGCCUGUGUCAGUGGGCGAGAUGCGCUACGUGCUCCGCCAAAUAAAGAUGAAGGAGCAGCGUGAGCAGCGCAACCGCAACGACAAGAAGUGCAUCUGCCGCGCCAUGCUGGUGGCCCCGGAGCACAUCGAGGCGCUAGCUCCGGAGGACGUCUGGUUCCCGAAUGGCAGAGGCGAAAUCGGCUUGGCCGUGGCAGAGCUUAAUCGGGCUCGUAACUCGCUCGAGCUGGAGGAGGCCCUGGUAGAGGACGUGCGCCGGCAGCCGGGUUGGUCCGAGAUCAGGCCAGACGAGAUGGAGGCCGAUUGGAGGGGCUUCAUCGAGAAGCCCGAGGAUGACGACGUCAGGGUGGAGACGGGGGUGGACGAGGAGCCGGGGGCUGUUGUCGAGGCUCUGGAACUCACGCCCGGAACGGACAUAAUAAUGCAUCAGUCUCCGCCAUGCCCUCUCGGACCAGCUGAGUUCAGACGACGUCGAGCCACCUUCGACGGAGGAGACAGCUCGGACUUUGGCCUCAAGCGCCUGCAGAUGUCGCGCCACCAGCCAGGGGCAUCCGUAGAGCCCGCGAGGGCAGCCUCGCGCGAGCCCAAGGUCGCUGCGGACGGAGAGGCGGUUGCUGAGCCGCCCGCUGGAGGAGUCAGGGAUCGAUCGCGGUCAGCUCCACGACAGGCGCUGCAGACAUCCAUUGUCGCUGAGCGAGUCAAACGCAAGCAGGCAGAUAAGGAUAUUCGUUGGAAGGAUAUCAAGGGUACCGACCGAGAGGCGGUCGGCAGGACGGUCAAGCCUGGCAUGAUCUUGAUUAGCCGGUUCGUCUACUGGCUUUCCAGCCUCGACCCGAAGCAGUUGAUCAGGAUCCUGAAGGGGGUCUUCGGGCUGUCUACCGCACCGAAAGUUGUGGGAGACUCGCUGCGCAAGGGGCGCAAGACUGAGCUGACAGCAGAGGCGACGCCGGCCGAGUUCUCGGACAAGCGCUCCGCUCUUGGAGCGCUGGGCUGGCUCUCAUCGCAGAUUCGACCUGACCUGGUGGCUGGGGUGGCCAUGGGCCAACACGCGCAGGAUAAGCCCACCGUCCAGGACUUGCUCGAGUCCGAUCGGCUCAGCAAGCAAGCGCGCAAGCGCGCGGGCGCGGGCCUGGAGCUUCCCGAGCUACAUUGCCCCCUCUGCCUGGUGCCCUACCGCGACGCCAGCCGGGCCAACGCUGACGAAGAGCCUCCCGGACCUUUUUUCAGUCCGCUCAACGAGUUUACCAGCGCCGAGGAAAAUCAUUUCCAUAUUCGCUCGCAGGCAGGCCGCGUGGCGUGUCUCGCGGAGGCCGGCAUUCCACGUGGAGGGCGGCGACUGCCCUCUUCCGUGGUGGCCGUCACGGAGAGCAUCCCCGAGACCGCGUCCGCCUGCUGGGAGAUACGCGGCUUCUCCCUGAUGGACAGGCGCCCCGACAGGUUUAUCGAGUCACCACCCCUGGUGGAGGUCGCUGGCAAGCACUUCAAGCUCCGAUCGGGCGUACCUUGGCGGGUUCCAGAGGGCAAGCGACUCUGGAGAGUGCUCGAUCUUCUGUAA